AUGGUGAGUGGAAAGGGCAUUGAGCCCAACCCGGAGAAAGUAGAAGCUAUCUUGAAUAUGCCAGAGCCUACCUGUGUGAGGGAUGUCCAGAGACUUACUGGGAGAGUGGAGGCGCUCAAUCGGUUCAUGUCGAGAUCGGCGGAGAGAUGCUUGCCAUUCUUUAAAAAGUUGAGAAAAGUGCCGAACUUCGAAUGGACCGAGGACUGCCGAGAAGCUUUCAAAGAGCUCAAAAGUUAUCUUAGCUCGCCUCAUGUGCUCAGCAGUCCGAUGGAAGGAGAAGAGCUUCUGAUUUAUUUAUCAGCCUCAGAACAAGCUGUCAGUGCUGUGUUGGUUAGAGUGGAAGGAGGGGAGCAGAAGCCUGUCUUCUAUAUCAGCAAGGUGCUUAAAGAUGCCGAGAUCAGAUAUUUGAACAUCGAGAAGAUUGCAUACGCUCUGUUGCUAGCAGUUCGGAAGUUUAGGGUCUAUUUGGAAAGCCACCAGGGAGUAGUAAUGACAGACCAACCUCUGAAGAAGAUCUUGCACAGGCCGGAAACCUCAGGUCAGAUGUUGGCUUGGUCCAUUGAGAUUAGUCCUUACUGUCUAGAGUACCGACCUCGGACCGCUAUCAAAUCUCAAGUCCUAGCUGAUUUCAUAGCAGAGUGCACAUUCAAUGAAGAACAAAAGGGGCCGGGUAAGCUAGCUUCUGAAGCAUCGGGAGAGGAGACAGAGGGGCAGUCCUCUCAGGAAUUCGACUGGAAACUAUACGUGGAUGGGGCAUCAGGCGCCGGGGGCAGUGGUGCCGGAAUACUGCUGAAGGGACCUGGAGAGUUUAAGGUUUGCUAUGCCUUACGCCUAGAAUUCAAAGCCUCAAAUAAUGUGGCAGAGUAUGAAGCCCUAAUAAAUGGGAUGCUGGUAGCAAUGGAGGUGGGGGCGACCGACCUCGAAGUGAAUAGUGACUCCCAGCUGGUGAUUAAUCAGAUAACCGGAGCAUAUCAGGCUAGAGACCCAACCAUACAGAAUUACCUGGCAAAGGUAAAAGCCAUAGAAGCUGAGCUCAAGGGUCGGGGAGUCACAGUUAAAUACCAAAGAAUACCCCAAGAGGAGAAUGAGAAAGCAGACUUGCUCAGUCGGUUGACUAAAGAAGAACUAGAACAACUUCCUGAUGAGGUAUACAUACAGUAUGUCAGCACGCCUGCUUUUAAUAAAACAAUCACUGUAUUUCAGGUGGAGCAAAACCAGAACUGGAUGACCCCGUACUUGGAAUACCUAGAAAAAGGAAAGCUCCCUGAAGACAAGGGCGAAGCAAAAAAGAUAGCGGCCCGAGCUGCCAACUAUCAAGCCAUAAAGGGAACUUUGUACAGAAGGGAGAAAUCCAGUCCGUGGCUCCACUGUGUGAGCCCAGAGGAGGCAAUAAAGGUGAUGGAGGAAAUACAUAGAGGAAUGUGCGGAGCUCACAAAGGAGUAGGAACGCUGGCUAAUAAGAUAUUCAGGCAAGGGUACUACUGGCCCAUCGUUAAGAAGGAAGCAGAAGAGUUUGUUCGAAGAUGUGAUGUCUGCUAG